CCAAUUCCCAACAUUCCCACCUCUUCAUCUCCAUUCAUCCCUCCUAAAUUCUCCCCAUUUUCAAUCUCAAAUUCUCAAUUCACAAACAAUUUCCGCUCAGAUUACUACAAUGGCGGAAGAAUUCGAGGAAUCCGAGGUCGUCUUCAACGCCACCGACGAAUUCGCCGCCGCCGCCGCCGCCGCCGCCGAUUUCAAGCUGAGCUCGAGGAGCGAGAAGGCGAAGAGGAAGAAGAUUAAGACGGUUCCGAUGAGCAUCCCGGAGAAAGUGUCGUGGCUCCGCUACUCCGAUCCCGAUUUGGAAGCCGACUGCGGCGGAGACGGCGGAGAGAUGGUGCCUCCGCACGUCAUCGUGGGGCGGCGCGUGGCCGGAAAAAUGAUGGCCUUCUCCGUUUGCACGGGAAACGGGAGGACUCUCAAGGGACGGGAUUUGAGCCAAGUCCGUAACUCCGUUCUCCGCCUCACCGGCUUUCUCGAAACGUGAUGGAAAUUGAAUUUAAUUUAAUUAAAUUCGAUUUUUGAAGGAUUUUUUCAAUGUUUCAGAAAUUAGAUGUUAGUAUAAAUUAUUAUAGUGAUUGUCGGAAUUUCCAAGAAAUUGUGUGACUCCGUUUGUUGUAAGAAAAUGGAAGAGGAAAAAUGUUUUGCAAAAAAAGAAGGGAUUUAAUUAGAAAAUAUUUUAAUUAUGUUA